UUCAACACUCGCCAGCAGUCCCGUCACUCGAACCCUACGCCAACAGCGUGUGCUGCGCUACAACCGUCUGUCUUCCAGCAUUGUAAGAUAGGCUAGAGUUUCGAAAUCAUGGCUGUUGGAAAGAAUAAGCGCUUGUCGAAGGGCAAGAAGGGUGUGAAGAAGAGGACUGUUGAUCCUUUUUCAAGGAAAGAUGAAUACUCCGUUAAGGCACCCUCAACUUUCCAGAUUCGAGACGUUGGAAAGACCCUUGUUAACCGGACCAGUGGUCUCAAAAAUGCAAACGACUCUUUGAAGGGCAGGAUUUUCGAGGUCUCUCUUGCUGACCUGCAGAAUGACGAAGACCAUGCUUUCCGCAAGGUUAAGCUUCGUGUGGAUGAGAUCCAAGGCAAAAACUGUCUAACCAACUUCCAUGGCCUGGACUUCACUACCGACAAACUGCGGUCCCUUGUCCGGAAGUGGCAGACCCUUAUCGAAGCCAAUGUCACAGUCAAGACUACCGACGACUAUCUUCUCCGUCUGUUUGGCAUUGCUUUCACGAAGAGGCGUCCCAACCAAAUUAAGAAAACCACUUACGCUCGCUCUUCUCAGAUCCGCGCCAUUCGAAAGAAGAUGACCGAAAUCAUGCAGCGCGAGGCUUCCAGCUGCACGUUAGCACAGCUUACCACUAAGCUUAUUCCGGAGGUCAUUGGCCGUGAAAUUGAAAAGUCGACCCAAGGCAUCUACCCGCUGCAAAAUGUGCACGUCCGUAAAGUGAAACUUCUCAAGUCUCCCAAAUUCGACCUUGGUGCUCUUCUAAAUCUGCACGGGGAGUCGACCACUGAUGAUAAGGGACACAAGGUUGAACGGGAAUUUAAGGAGCAGGUCCUUGAGAGUGUCUAAUGUCUCUGCCUUGAUUAUAUGGGCCCUCUCAACGUUUCCGUUACGUCUAUGAUAAAAAUGGUACUGCAUCCGGCUGGCUGAUGGUCGUCAUUUCGCCCAGAAUUUACUGGGUACAGAGAAUUGUACUUGAAAUGAAAAUUGAAGGUCUAUUUCUAUUUCAUUGUAAUUUGAAAGCAAACGAGAGCCCCUCGCAGAGAUAGUAAGUUGCGGUUAAAC